AUGUGCAGAGUAAUGAAAGUUAGUUUUACCAGAAAAGUAAAUUUUGAAUUGUGUCUCCUGUCUGACUGUAUUCUUUUGUCAUCCUCUAGUCCACCCACAAAUGAAUUAUCAGGAGUGAACCCAGAGGCACGUAUAAAUGAAAGUCCCGAUCCGACUGACCUGGUGGGAGUCAUCAUUGGCUCAGCCCCAAUGACAGGUGAUCCACAGACAAGUGAAUUUAAAGGAGCAACCGAGGAGGCACCUGCGAAAGAAAGCCCACACACAAGUGAAUUUAAAGGAGCAGCCCUGGUGUCACCUAUCAGUGAAAGUGUGUUAGCACGACUUUCCAAGUUUGAAGUUGAAGAUGCUGAAAAUGUUGCUUCAUAUGACAGCAAGAUUAAGAAAAUUGUGCAUUCAAUUGUAUCAUCCUUUGCAUUUGGACUAUUUGGAGUUUUCCUGGUCUUACUGGAUGUCACUCUCGUCCUUGCUGACCUAAUUUUCACUGACAGCAAACUUUAUAUUCCUUUGGAGUAUCGUUCUAUUUCUCUAGCUAUUGCCUUAUUUUUUCUCAUGGAUGUUCUUCUUCGAGUACUUGUAGAAGGGAGACAGCAGUAUUUUUCUGACUUAUUUAACAUUUUAGAUACUGCCAUCAUUGUGAUUCUUCUGCUGGUUGAUGUCGUUUACAUUUUUUUUGACAUUAAGUUGCUUAGGAAUAUUCCCAGAUGGACACAUUUACUUCGACUUCUACGACUUAUUAUUCUGUUAAGAAUUUUUCAUCUGUUUCAUCAAAAAAGACAACUUGAAAAGCUGUUAAGAAGGCGGGUUUCAGAAAACAAAAGGCGAUACACAAGGGAUGGAUUUGACCUAGACCUCACUUACGUUACAGAACGUAUUAUUGCUAUGUCAUUUCCAUCUUCUGGAAGGCAGUCUUUCUAUAGAAAUCCAAUCGAGGAAGUUGUGCGGUUUCUAGAUAAGAAACACCGAAACCACUAUCGAGUCUACAAUCUGCAAUUGCAUUAUGAGGACAUAGACAAUUUAACAAAUGAGUCUUCUGACCCAUCAGCAGUGGCAUGUGAUGAGAGCAAGGGUCUAGAUGGGAAAAAAGCAAAACACUGUGAAAGAGCUUAUGAUCCUAAGCACUUCCAUAAUAGGGUCGUUAGAAUCAUGAUUGAUGAUCAUAAUGUCCCCACUCUACAUCAGAUGGUGGUUUUCACCAAGGAAGUAAAUGAAUGGAUGGCUCAAGAUCUUGAAAACAUCGUAGCGAUUCACUGUAAAGGAGGCACAGUAAUAUUUAAGGUUGUUCUUAAACUUUGUGAGAACAUUUUAGAUUAA